AUGGCUCAAGUUACUCUUCUCGCUUACUUGCAACAUGGGCCGCCGACAUUACCAGUCAUUGACCAAGGGCAAUCAAAAGAUAAUACAACAAACCUUAAAUAUUCCGCUGAUGAUAUCACGUACGUGGGACACUGGGCUACUUUCAACUUAAACACAAUCCUACAGCAACAUCAAGGGAUGCUCAGAAACAGCCGGAUCGAAAAUGAGCCGAUGCCUUCAUCGCCGCCUCAAGCAAUCAACUCCGAAGUAGGUCUUCGACAACGCUUCGUAUUCUAUUUGAAUUCUAGGGUCAGGAGGUCACUUCGCAAUGGAUUCAACUACAUGGUGACAAAUAAUCUACUCGGCAAUCGCACUGUUGUGGAUUUCGGAGAAGGAAACUUGGCCCAAAUCAUAGACCUGUUCACACCUGAUACCGCAUACUACGACCCGCUUCUCCCAGCUCCAACUAGGCCGAACCGUGUCCCUGGAGACCUGAAGCCCUCUUUCAAGUGGUCUCUCGAUCUGAGGAACAGCUCAUCCCCGUAUGAGAGAAGACAAUUCAAACAAGCGUUAUCACAAGUCAACUAUUACAUGAAGCAGCAUAAGACUCGAUUUGGAUAUAUGCUUACAGAUUGUGAGCUUGUCGCCAUUAGACGCCUUGACAAUAACGGCAGAUUGGAGUUAUCUAACUCCAUUCCGUGGAAUACAAGUGGAACUGAAAGCCAUCCGCGACUUACAGUGCUGCUUGCCUUGUGGUACUUGGGAAUGCUAGCCUCUGACAAUCAACAAUGGAGUUUAUCCUAG